GUAAUACAAAGUCAAUGUGUAGAAAACAUCUGGACUUUUGAAGAACACAUAAAUAUUACGGUACAUCUUACGCUUUUGAUGUGCUUCUAAGUUGAACACAGUAAACUGUGGGACUUCAGUCUGCCAAAAAUGUGAUUGAGCACAAAGUGUUGGCAUAGCAACCUUGCUGCAGUGAAGCUUGACCAUGAAUAGAAACAUUAGUUAAAUUCACUUAAUAGGAUUAAGCAGUAAGCUACUCAAAAAAAAUGAUUGUUAACAACUGAUUAAAAUGAAUGAUAAAGUAUAUGUAUGUUUAGAUGUGACAAUAGAUUAACAGAAUUAAAACAGCUAUAUGAUAUUCUGUAUUGCUAAUGCAUAUGAGCAAACAUUUCGAUCCACUGAGACCAAACUAUUUUAUGCAAAUGAAAAAAAAAAAAUUGGUAACUUAAAAGAUAAAUUAGUAGCUAAUAAGAUCAGGAAAAGAGAAAAUUCCAGAUAAAUGUUCUAGAGAGAUGUUCUAAUUUUCUAAUCUUUCAUUGAAAAUCAAAUCCAUUUCCAUCUUUAGUACACUAGACUCAGUUGAUUUAAUAAAAAGAUGCACACUUGAAUGAGACAUUAAUGUGCAAGAAGAGGGAGAGCUGAUUCUAAUGAGGCCCAGUAUUUCAAUCCCCCCUCCAGGCCCUUCAAUACAAGGGAAGGCUUUUGUUAGCAGCCACAGUUCACUGUUCUAGUUGCCAAGCAGGACCGAGACGGAAUUCCUUUUGCCUCUGUGCCUGGACUAAAGCAGAUUUCAACCAUUUUGAACAAAAUGAAAAACAUUCUCUUAUGUUUUCUUGGCUUGUUCAUUAUUGGAAUAGUGUUAGGUGACAGUUGUUUCCUGGAGAUAUCUCCGUCCAGAGUAGUGGUGAAAUUUGGGGAUCCGGUGUCGGUUAGCUGUGUGGCCUCCCGUCCAGUGCGUGUGCUGGGAUGGGAAUCGAUCAUUGGAGCUUCACACACUCAACAUGACCUCAGUGUUCAAUGGCAGGUAGACAGUUUGACUGACUGGAUUGAGGAGCCAAUCUGCUAUGGUGUUUUUUUCACUGCACCCAGGCAGUGUGAAGAAAAACUAAACCUUGUUCUAUACAAGAAACCAGACAGUGUCUCCAUAAGAUUGAAUCACACAAGCCCAUUGGUGGAAGGCAGAAAGUACCAGCUACUUUGUGAGGUGCAGAACGUUGCACCUGUUCAGUACCUUGUUUUACGAUGGUACAGAGGACAAAAUGAGGUUUACAAUCACUCAUUUUCAGAGUUAUCAACUGCUAUACCAGUCCAGGUGUCCUCCACCUUGCUGAUUGUCCCAAACAGAGCUGAUGAUGGAGCUCAGUACAGGUGUGAAGCAGAGCUGGAACUGGGAGCAGAAGGACCUCAACCUUCUCCUACAGUGCAGUCUGAAGAUCUUAGCAUUGCUGUUCAGUACCCCCCUGAAUUUCCCAGUCCAGAGGAGGAGAUACUGGAAAUCAGUGAGGAUGGUGACAUGAGGCUGAACUGUAUUGCAGUCGGCAACCCUCCUCCUGUGUAUACCUGGAGCUCAUCAAACCUUCAGGAGAAGGUUGAUAAUCAGCCAGUUUUGAAAGCUGCAUUAUUGGGCCCAGGUGUCUAUACAUGCACUGCAUCCAAUAUUCUAGGGAAAAGGAGCAAACAGUUUGUCAUCAAGCACAAAUCCAAAGGUGUUUAAGUCCAGAAACCGUGAGAACGAAUCGAAGACAUAUUGAUCUAGAUGGUAUGCUCAGGACUUUCUGGACACGGGAGUUCAAAAUCUUGCUUGGCUGUAGAAUGUCUUACAUUUGCAUGUUAUAUUUGAGGGGACUCUCUUUUUUCAGGGGUUUUGAUUCGGUAAAUAUGAGAGCCAAACCUAAAUAUUUGUCAUGAGUAAAAUCAGUUUUCCUAGUUUGUGCUAUUAAUAUUGUGUACAAGAUUAUUUUAACUGUGUAUUUGUAUGUUCCAAGACAUAUUGUGAUGACUCUGACAUUUUAAUGUAUUUUUACAGAUAUUUACUCACCCAAUAAUAAAAUAAUAUUUUAAAUAUAAAAUAAA